CCUUUCGGCUUCCGUCGGCGUCGCGUAAGCGUUUGACGUCAGCAUAACAACAACCUGUCAAGACAGCUCGGAUGGGGCGAAAAUUAUCGAUCAAGAUUUGAUAUGAAAUCAUAUAAAACCUGUUUCACCUGGAUGUAAGAUUCCUUCUAUACGGAGGGACAGGGCAUUCUUGAACCUGUCAGCUAGCCAGCCGAAGAGACGGGGAACAGGAUAGGGAAGCAGGGCGAGGCGGGCCCCGCGGAGCCGGUGGAGAAGAUGGCCGGCAGCCCGGAGAAGAGUUCCACCGCGCAGGAGCUGAAGGAGCAGGGGAACCGGCUGUUCCUCUGCCGCAAGUACCAGGAGGCGGCUACAUGCUACAGUAAAGCUAUUAACCGUAACCCAUCUGUGGCAGUGUACUACACCAACAGGGCUCUCUGCCAUGUGAAGCUGCAGCAGCAUGACAAGGCUCUGGCCGACUGUAAGCACGCGCUGGAGCUGGACAGCCAGUCAGUGAAGGCCCACUUCUUCCUGGGCCAGUGUCACCUGGAGCUGGAGAACUACGACGAGGCCAUCGGCAACCUGCAGAAAGCUUAUAACCUGGCGAAAGAACAGAGGUUGAAUUUUGGAGAUGACAUCCCCAGCGCCUUGCGCAUUGCCAAGAAGAAACGCUGGAAUAGCAUUGAGGAGAAGCGCAUCAACCAGGAGAACGAGUUACACGCCUAUCUGACCAAACUCAUACUGGCUGAGAAGGAAAGAGAGCUAGAAGAAUACAAAGAGAAACAGGACGACAAUCAAAAUGGAGGCGAUGCUGCCAAGAUUUCAUCAAAACAUGAUAAGUAUCUAAUGGACAUGGAUGAGCUUUUCUCUCAAGUGGAUGAGAAAAGAAAAAAGCGGGAGAUUCCAGAUUAUCUGUGUGGGAAGAUCAGUUUUGAGCUGAUGAGGGAACCCUGCAUCACACCCAGUGGAAUCACUUAUGAUCGGAAGGACAUCGAAGAGCACCUACAGCGAGUGGGCCACUUCGACCCAGUCACCAGGAGUCCCCUGACCCAGGACCAGCUGAUCCCGAACCUGGCCAUGAAGGAGGUGAUCGAUGCCUUUAUCCAGGAGAACGGCUGGGUGGAGGACUAUUGAAGUGACCCCUGCCUCCCAUGUCUCCAUCAUACCCCCGAUACUCAACACGAAGCCUGGACAACACGAGACUAUGGAGAUCAGAUCGCCCCUUGCCUGGAUAUGUACUUUACACAAGCGGGAAAAGCCACACUAUGGACUACCAAAACGGGAGCCACGUAUCUCGGUCUGCCUCUUCCUCCCCACAUUUUAUCUUCGCUGUAAAACGUUCCUGCUCCAAACUCCCGAGGCUCGUUGUUCAUGGCCCGCAGCUCCCUUUAAAUCCUCCUUCAUCCUGCUCUUUCUAUCUUCCCUCGUUUCCUCUCUAUCAUGCUGUUCCUAGUCUUUCAAGCCAGACUCCUUUCUUUACUCAAAAUAAGGGGCCACGUUCUCAGGUCUCUCUUGCUCCCCCCCCUAUUUUAUCUCUCUCUCUCUCUCUCUCUCUGUCUCUCUCUCUCUAUCUUUCUCUGAGUGCCACAAUCCUUGGAAAGCAUCAGCAUUGCACUCCAGUAUUUCACAGAAGCCACCAAUAUAAAAAGAUUACACACGGUGGUUGAAAUCAUUAAGACAUUGGCCUUUUGUUUGGCAUUUACUCCAGUAUUCAUGGUCAUUUUUUUCAUCAAAACCUCGGAGCCCAAUUCUUAAUGUACAUUUUGCUGAAGUGGGACCUAAAAUGCCAAAAACCUGUACUCCAUGAGGUUCGUCCGCAAAGUUUUACAUGACGAUGGUUGGAACAUAGUCGGAGGGUCCCGUCUUCUCCUCUGAGUGGCGUUCCAAACACACCCACCACAUGUCAACAUACUGGAAGAAUUUAAGUAGAUUAUAGCUGGGUUUUUUCCCCUCUUUGCAUAUCAAUCACACCCCAUAACAGACAAUUUAAAUAAUUUGAAUGUAUGCAUAAUGUACUCUUUAGGUUUAGGCUUGACCUACAGUAAUUCAAAAUGUUUUUUAUCAGUACAAUUACACAGUUUUCAUGAAAAGCGGCCUUGAACUGGAUGCAGAAAAUGAAUGGAGACGACCGCUGCGUACAAAAAAAACAAAAAGUUUUCACAUUGCUGGAUAUUAAUUGAAAAUGUUUGAGUGUUGAUAGACACCAGGUGUGUGGGUUGAUGCUUAAAUCUGCUUUUUGAAGAAUGGUCCGUGCUGUCUGUGUCAAUCAUAGAAACAAAAAUGUGCUUGGACGUCGUGUUUGGCUCGUGCUGUUCGCCUGGAAUGACUGUGGACGCUCACAUCAAGCAUGAAGUGAACUUUCUUUUUUUUUUCCUUUUUGCAAGGGCAAGAGGAUAGCAGUCUUUCUUUGCCUCACCUUGAUGCUGUUCAUUUUAAUGCACCUUCUCCUCACAGUGUCACAGUAAUGAAGAACGUGGUUGCAGCAGCUUAUUUUAACAGACCAUCAGCGUGAAAGUCUUGUUGCAGGGAUGGCUAGCAUCGCUGUACCAGAAUCCUCUGUUAGAUAUGCUGGAAGAGUUACGACCAUCUUAUCUCAUCCAUACCUCAGUCCAAGUUUUCGCGUGCUGGUUUCUCUCGCAUGCUCUGCAAAAAAAAAAAAAAAAAACACACAUUUUCAGUUUAGCGCUAUUUAGUUUACAGGUUUUUUUUCUUUUCAGCUGAAUGCGUGUCUGUGAUGAACUGGGCCUGUCGGUGGUGCGUGCCGGGGUGCAGGCAGUGUAAAUAAUUUUGCUUGUGUAUCUCAGAUUUUAUUUCUUGACAAAGUUAGGGUUUCUUUUAUUCUUGAGAUAUCCUAGAGCUUGAGAAACUGUAUUAAAUGUAGAUAUGUUGAUAACAUAAAAUGCUUGGUUCAGUUUUCAUUUGUCCUCAUUAAAACCGUGAACUUUGA